AUGCGGAACAUUCACUUUCAACCUCAUCUGAAGACUGAAUUUCAAAAAGUUCAACACAUAUGUGAAAUCAUCUCAAAGCUUGGCCUGACUCCCAAGAAGUUCAUCCAGGCUUUCCUCACAAAUGGACACAUUCAAUUGGCCUUGCGGCGAGGAAACUGGGGCAACCAGAGCGGCUGGCCCUCAACUUUGAAUAUAAUUCAAUCAAUCAAAGGACUCACAAUGAAGAAGAAGACAGGACGUCAUCUCUGGAAGGAUUUGAUUUUAAAGGAGGCAAGUGCCAAGAUCUAUGUUAUUGCUGAGUCUCCUAAACGUGGUACCUUCCCCAAUGGCGCAUAUCACAGCUCAAGAAAGGUGGACAACAAUUUCUUCACUCGAAAAGCCAAGGAAACUCGCGAAAAAAGCCUUGUGGAAGAAGAAAUGCCGUUUUUACACGAUUUACUUCUAGCCAAGCUGACGAAUCGCAUAAAAAGAAAGCAAGAAUCUGGAAUUCUCGAUGAUGACGAUGUGGAAUCCGCUUGCUCCAAUGAUAGUCUUGAAGAAAUCAGUUUUGACAAUGAAAAUUCUUCAACAGUCGAACCUACAAAAGAUUAUAAAAAGAAAGAAUCUUUGAAUAAGCGAGAGACCCGUGCAAAAUCAACUGCUAAAACCAUAUGUGCUAUGGUUGCUUUUGGAGAAAAUCGACGGGCAAAUUCCAUGCAACUAUGGAACUCUGUCAUCUUUGUGGCGUGUGGGGUGACAGAACGAAUAAAUAGCUACCUUAACUACAUUGGUCUUACAAUGUCUAGAAAAACAGGUCUCUCAGCUCUGGUUUGGCUAAGUGAUACAACCCGUAAAACCCUUGCCGGCCAAGAACUCUCAAUCAAAUCAAGGAAACCAAUCUCUCCAUUUAUAUGUAUCGAUAAUAUCGACUUUGAGGAACGCAUCCACUUCCAGUCAGUUGAAAAAACCAGCCACAUGUUCCAUGGAACAUGGGGCUAUGUUCACACACUUGAUCCAACUCUUAUCGAAGGCCACGAUCCAAAGGAUUUCUCGCUCGACAGCUACAAGCAGGCGAUCAAAGACUCUGCCAAGUUGAAGAUUACACCACCAAUGUUUAUGCCAACAUUUGAAGAGGAGAUUCACUUUCGUGCAGCCAUCAAGAGGCAAAUUGCUCAAGUAAUGAUGACUUACAUAGCUACAACAGACGAUCCGAAGAAACUUGUUCCUCUUGAACCACCAAAAAUUGAUCAAAUUACUGCUAAAAAACCACAGAUCACAAUGCUCAAACUAAUGCUGGCAUCCGACAACUGCGCUGAAGGAGUCGGAAAAAUCUUCAGCGACAUUAUAGAUCAAACAUAUCUUACCCCCGAACAGUUUUUCUCAGAGCUUCAGGUGAUGGAGGGCGACCUUGGAAUGAUUAUGAACCUAGAGUGCUUGCAAUCACAAAGGAAACCCAGUGGUCACAAAGAAGAAAGCCUUGGAAACAUCUUCAUGCUUUUGGGGGCCGCUCACACCUUGUGGAAUAUUGGCCAGGCUAUCUUCCUGAAACACUUUGGAAAUAAUAAAAACCAGGAUGAUCUUGGAGCAUGGAGGACUCUUCAAGCCCUUGGCCUUCCGUCGGAGAAACCAGCUGCGAAAAAAGACUUCACACUUAUGCUCACCAAUAUGCAGAAGAUCCAUGAAGCAACACUUAUUCACUGUUUACUAUUAGUCAUGGGGAUUCCUCGAAACAGCCUACCAAACGAAAAGCUUAAAUUAACAGCCAAAUCAAUCAACCAUGCCAUUGACCUAUGCUACACUCGUUUCUUCGGCUGCACGGCACUCCAAAACGCCGACAAAUCUGAUUCUCCAAAGCUUUUCAACCUCAUGACCCGCUUACGUGAUUUUGCUACUGUUAUCAAAGCCAAUCGAGCAAUGAAAGCAGGCGAUAUUGGUCGAUUAUUGAAUAUCUGGCGGAGAUGGUCUGUAAUGGCACAAGGCAUCACUGGUUUAACUCACUAUGCAAUACACCUCCCUCGAAUGAUCCUCUUAAUCACGAAAGUUCUCCCGCCUGCUCUCUGCCAUGCAAUCCAACAUUCACUCCUUGUCACACCAAGUGGACGGCCAGGUCAUUUUGUGGCCAAGGAUUUCUUGCUUGAAACAUUUAACUAUUGGCUCAAAUUUAUGUUCAACAAAAGCGGUAUUGGCACAAAGGCUAAGCGAUUGAGGGAUCUUUUUUCUUCAAAUGUGCCCUUGCUGCAACGUUUAAUUCGAUCAAUCAAGGAAGAUUCGGGUGCCUGCAAUUAUUAUCAAUCACACAAGCAUCAACUCACACUUCAGUCAAUCAAUGCAUUCCUUCGCAUGGCAAUCACCAAGUCCAUUGGAGAUAAUACGGAUUCCACAAAGACAGCAUCAAUUCCAGCUCCAGCUCUAGAAAAAGGUAAAAAGAAAACCAAAAAGAAAUUAAAAGGAAAAGAUAUUGAUAUUAUGAGACGAGGCAUGGAAGUCAUGCAAAAUGAUGCUCUCACAGGGGGAACUAUUCUAAAUCGCUUCCGACCAUCUGAAACCCUUCUCAAUCCUAGUUGGAUGUUUGACGAGGCUUCUUCACUUCCUAUUUCACCUGGCGAGCUUGACAUUUCACUGGAAGAUUACUUUGGCCCUCUGGAAAAUGAUGAUUGUUGA